UUGCAUACAUUCUAAAAUGUUAUAACCUUGAUUAUUGUGUUAAAAAUUUUCUUCCGAAACUUAACCACAUCAGAAUAACAAACAAAAUUGACCUAACCCAACCCAACAAAUUAAUUCGAAUCAAAGACGAUGUCGAAGACGCUAUUCUUAUCAAAUCCACAACAAAAAUGUCCUCUCCAGUAUGAAUGAUUCAUUCAUCCCGUAAACAACCACAAACUAACGUUAGAAAAGUUAAAACCAUCCGUUAGGAUGUUCAAAAAAGUGUUUCAGUUUGAAAGUUUCGUAAGAAAAUGACUCGAUAUCAGGAUUUGUAUCAUUACGUACGAGCUGCAUCCUGGCCAGAUGCAGUUAUAUCCGACAUAAAGUUUAAAUAUAAAGAUAUCAUUGCUUCAAAUCGGCAAUUGGCAGCCUGUAAAAACAUUACUGAUUUUUUGUACAUAUUGGAGAAAAGGGACGAACUAAACGAAGAAAAUUAUGUUAUCUUAGAAGAUCUUUACAUUUUAUUGAGGGAUGUAAACGAAUCUCACCCACAACAAAAAGGAAAUCUAGAAACAAGAAUCAGCCCAGAAGUUCGGGUGCUUCCUGUUGUACCAAAUGGGCUUUACAAAAGACUUGAACAAGUCAUUUCUCUAAAAAUCGGUCACAAAUGGAAAGAUUUUGCGCGGGGACUAGGAAUACUUGAAGGACAAAUCGAUGAACUUGAAGAUCGACACAAAAACAUAUCGGAUCGUAUUCGUGACGUACUUGAAUUUCAUGAACAUUGCUGUCCCAAACAAUUUUUGUAUUCCUCCAUUUACAACGCUUUAUGUUUUGCUAGACGUAAAGAUCUCGCUAUGGAUGUACAACUUAUUAUUGACACAAAUUAAUUUUUAAGUAAACUUAGAUAGUAUCUUUUAAUAUUUUUAUUGUGAUUUUGAUUAUUUUUAUAGUUAUUGUUUUAUGUGUUAAAAUUUAAUGAUAAAGAUUUUAUUAAUUUAAACUGCCAUUUUGGCUUUUCUUUGUUUAUAUAUUCCAAGGAUAAAUUUAAGAGGUCAAAUAGAACAAUAGGUUCAUUAUUGAAUUCAUCUGCUAUAUACACAUUUAUUUAUUAUUAUUAGUACUGGGAAUGAAUUUGAAGCAUUGAGUUGAAACCAAUGACUUCAAGAGAACACCAAAAAGCAACAAACAACCUCAUUUAUUGGCACUAAAUAAAUUUUCAAUGGUUUUUUUUUAUUAAAUAUUAAUUAAGAGAAUUUAAUAUUAAAUUACUUAUUUUCCAACAUCUUCAUUUAACAUAUCUUCAAGUUUAUCUUUAACACUUCCAAAAACUUCUUUACAAAUGACAUCUCCAGAUUCAUCGCUUAUUUUAUCAACAAUUUCAUCACCAGAUUUUGAAAUAAAACACUUCUUGUAGGUGAAUUGAGUAAAAUUAACUGUGUUUAUUAAACUAUCUUCAUUAUUUUCGAUGGUUAAAGAUUGAAUUGAAACUAAUAAUUUUAAGAGGAGAACACCAAAAAGCAACGAAAAUAACCUCAUUUUGUGGCACAAAUUUAAUUAUAAUUAUGGACCUUCUUUAUUAAUUUCGUCGUUUUUGUACUAAUUUUAUCUUUAUUGACGAUUUGUGUCUAGACAGAAACAAUAAACGUUUUAUUUUUAA